AUGAAAAUAAAAGUACUUUCUCGGCAGAGAUCAUUAGUUGUGGCAUCAAGACUAGGCGAUCAGAAUCCAAUGCCUCGGAAUCUUAAUUUUGCUAUUCAUCCGUUUGAAAGGGCUAGAGAGUAUGUAAGAGCUCUUAAUUCAGUAAAAUUAGACAGACUGUUUGCAAAACCGUUUAUUGGACAGCUGGGAAAUGGUCAUAUUGAUGGUGUAUAUUGCAUGGCUAAAGAUUCUCGAAAAAUAGACACUAUAGCUACUGGUAGUGGUGAUGGAGUUGUUAAAAUUUGGAAUCUUAUUGAAAGAAAUGAAGUUUUGUCUAUCGAUGCACAUGAUGGUACUGUGAACGGUUUAACAUAUACAACUGAAGGACAUUUAUUAUCAUGUUCUGCAGAUAAAAUAGUAAAAUUGUGGUCACUUAAUUCAAUAGAUCCUAUUAAUAUAUAUAUGGGCACUGAUGCUUUUUCUUCUGUUGAUCAUCAUUAUUCUAAACCUAUUUUUGCUACAUCGUCUACAAAAAUUGAUAUAUGGGAUGAAAACAGAGAUAAACCUAUUUUUAGCAUGGAAUGGGGAGCAGAUACUAUUCAAACAGUGAAGUUUAAUCAUUCAGAAACCAAUAUUGUUGCUAGCGCAGGCGCAGAUCGUUCACUCAUAUUAUAUGAUAUAAGAACAAGCAAACCCUUAUCAAAGUUAAUUACUCAACUUCGAACUAAUUCUAUUUGUUUUAAUCCAAUGGAAGCUUUUAGUUUUGCAGCAGCAUCUGAUGACCAUAAUUGUUAUAUAUAUGAUAUUAGAAAUCUUACCUUUGCGAAGAAUGUUUUAAAAGAUCAUGUUUCAGCAGUAAUGGAUGUUGAUUUUUCUCCCACUGGCCAAGAAUUAGUAACUGGCGGUUAUGAUAAAACAAUACGAAUUUUCAACAUUAAAGAAGGCCAUUCACGAGAUAUAUAUCAUACUAAAAGAAUGCAAAGAGUUUUUUCCGUAAAAUUUACUUCUGAUUCUAAUUAUAUUCUUUCCGGUUCAGAUGAUGGAAAUGUUCGUCUUUGGAGAGCUAAUGCAUCUUCAAGAAUGCAUAUACUUAGUACUAGAGAAAGAACAAAAAUGGAAUAUGCAAAUGUUCUUAAACAGCGUUAUAAGAAUAUGCCUGAAAUUAAAAAAAUAAGUAACAGCAGAAAUGUUCCAAAAGUAAUAAUAAAAAUGCAAAAGACUAAAAAAGAGGAACUAACAGCAUUAAAACGAAAAGAAGAAAACAGAAGACGCCACAGUAAACCUAGCAGUAUAUCAUAUAUACAAGAACGUAAAAAACAUAUUGUUGCACUAAAAAAAUAG